AUGGAGACGGGUAAACAAACACAGAGAGGGGUUGUUGGAAGAAUGGCUGCGAAAAAUGAAACAGCGCAAGAAUCUAUCGAUGGGCCAUAUUACCUCGAAAAGGUGUCGAUGCCAGAUGACUCAGAAGACGAUUAUCAAUAUGAGGAAGUUCUGGCCUAUGAAGAAAGGAGUAUGGCAGAGGGGGAUGAGGAUUUGGAGGCAGCGAUAAGAGCAUUGCGCGAUGCCUCAGAUGAAACGGGGUCCUUGUUACAGAGCAGAGGCUCAGUUCAGCUAAGCAACCCAUCUCCCACAUUCCAGAAGUGGUGGAUGAUUUUCUCCGCAACUUCCUUGUCAAAAUGGGCAUGAGCAGAACUUUGGAUUGCUUCCAAGCAGAGUGGUACGAAAUGGUGCAGAGGGGGUUGUUGAAUACCAAGCUGGUGGAGUUUGUGCUUGACGCAUAUAUGCACAACCAAUUUAUAGACAAUGAGCUGAAUAAUGUGCAGAGAGAGUGGGACAGUUUCAGUCAGGCAGCUUUCAAAGCUGGUGAAAUACUGAUCAAGCUUCAGAAAGAGGGAUUUCCAUCGCCUGCAGCAUAA